AUGGGCUUCCCAGCUAACCUGCCAAACCCCAUAGACAAGGAGCACCCGCUCAUGGGUGCCGUCAUUUGCUUCACAUCGGUCCCUCCAGAGCGUAGGACGCAACUCGCGGACUUUGCGAAAGAAAUGGGCGCAAUUGAACAGCCAGACCUUACCUCCGAUGUUACACAUCUCCUCGUCGGAGCAACCGAUUCACCCAAAUAUAAAUUUGUUGCGCGCGAACGGAACGAUGUGCUCGUCUUGAAACCGGAAUGGGUCGAGGCUGUACGGGAACUGUGGAUGCAGGACGAGGACACCGAUACCAGAGCACUUGAGGAGCAGUAUAAAUUGCCAGUCUUCUUUGGUCUGACAAUUUGUAUUACUGGUUUUUCGGACAUGGCUUUUCGCAACCAGAUGAACGAUUUGGCCGUGGAAAAUGGCGCAGAAUUCCGAAAAGACUUAACGAAAAGCGUCACCCACCUGAUCGCGCGAAAUGCCGAGGGCGAAAAAUAUAAGUUCGCAACGCAAUGGAAUAUCAAGGUUGUUACUGUGAAAUGGUUCCAUGACUGUGUUGAGCGCGGAAUGAUCCUGGAUGAAGAGAAAUACCACCCCAUGCUAUCGUUGGAAGAGCAAGGUGUCGGAGCAUGGAACCGGUCUCUUCCCGCAGCCAAAGAAAAGGCAGGAAAAGAGAAUGUACGCGAUGAGAGCACCGCCAAUCCACGACCAAGGAAAAAGCUUCGCAGGACUGCAAGUCAGAAGCUAGUUGGCCAGAAUGAGAAUAUAUGGGGCGACAUCAUCGGCAUGGGAUUUACAAGUGCCGAGCCAGCGGAGCCAAAACACGAUCAAUGGGAUGAGGAUGAUUUCGAAAAACCGAGGCCGCCUGUCAUUCAAGCAGCCAAAUCCUUUGCGAGCGAGACGACGUUCUCCGAGACAACGCAGAAUCGCCAGCAGUCAGAAAGCAUAUCGAAAAACGGUGGCUUUCUUGACGGGUCUUAUAUUCUUGUCCUUGGCUUUUCUCCUAAACAGAUGACCAUAUUGAGAGAACACCUCGGGUACAACGGAGCCCAAUGCGUGAAGUCUCUAAGCGAGUUCUCUAGCCCCAGCAUCCCCAAGACUGGACACGGGCUCUAUAUCAUGGUGCCAUACAAUACCCUUAGGGCAAACAUUCCCUCGACAGACGACAUGGCCUUCGAAUGCGAGAUUGUGACAGACAUGUGGUUAGAGAGAUGUCUUGACGCCAGGGCCUUGGUCCCACCGGAAACCCACGUUGCGAGCACCCCGUUUCCCAAAUUUCCUUUACCAGGAUUUUCGGGCAUGCGGAUAUGCUCAACAGGAUUUGCACGUAUCGACCUCCUGCAUCUUUCCAAACUUGUUACUCUUAUGGGUGCUACGUACGAGGAGUAUCUGACGCAUCAAGCGUCGGUCCUCAUUUGCAACGACCCACAAACAGCGAGUCGUGACAAACUUCGGCACACGAGCGAAUGGGGAGUCCCAGCCGUAUCCGCCGAUUGGUUUUGGAUAUCCGUGCAAUCUGGCCAGAAGAAGUCAUUUGAGCCAUACCUCGUCCAAAGACAAGUGUCCCAACAGCAUGGAAGCACGGAAAAGCCCGGUGAUGGAUUCACAAGCGAGAACAGCCCAGAUAAAGCCAGCGGCCAAGGGCGGAAAAGGCCGUCGAGCCUCUCCGCCCAGCCAGCAGACAGAACGGAAAGACCUGUGACGACCAAGACAGGAAAAUCACAAAUACUGCCUAUUGUUGGCGAUGGCUUCUCAAAAGAAGACGCCGAUAUCCCACCCAAGCCAACAAUACCGGAAUCACGAUCUGGAUCGCCCGCUAGAGGAUCAGAUCAUCCCGGACCCAAGGAAGCUUCCGCCAAAAGCCCCGAACAAGAUACAUCGGCCACCUCAGCCGCGCCCUCUGCUCUCGACUCCGCACUGAAGGGCCUUCUCCAGCAAGCUCAAGCAGCCAAAUCACGGCAACACAGCGAGAGCUCAACCACAAACGAUGACGGCAGCUAUCCCGCUCGCCGAAAACGCAAACCCCUCCUAGGCCGCGCUCCAUCGCAUUCGUCCAAUCGUAAACUCGAAGUUACGCGCCCAGUCUCCCGGGCCAGUUCAAUUGACACAUUGAACGACGACGGACUAGGCAGUGUAAUCGAAAGCAAUGAUCCUACCCGAGAAAAUUCGCUAUCCCGCACGACCAGUCGCGUCGAGCAGAACGCAGGAAGUCUGUCGUCGAUCUUCAGCGGAGGGAAGUUCGACUUCACGGCAGAGAAGACCCUCGCUCCAAUCGACAAUGAAGAUGAAGAGAACCAAGCGCCCCAGAUGACGCAGCUAGACUACGAAGACCCGGAUGCCGCGGCUAUGAGGGCGGAGUUUUUGCGCGAUGCAGGGAAACUUGUUGAUAAGGCUACGAAGCCCGAUCCCGCGGUCAUCGGUGAGAUCAGGGAGUUGGAAGAUACUGGGUGGGGAUCUGGACGCAGGACGAGAAAACAGCCCGCUAAAAAGGAUGAUGAAUGA